AUGCUGCGGUGGCUGCUUUGCGUGGGAGGAUUCUGCUGCUGCCUGCAUCUUGCCUUGGGCACAGCCAACGUGGAGGAUGGAGCUCAAGCUGAAGAGGAUGUUUGCUCAUCGAUGCAAACCCGCAAGGCCGAGCCAGAAAAGAGGAGCCCGCGGAUGGAUACCAUGGCCAUCAAUGCAGAAGCUCUAGACAGGCUGGUUGAAAACUCGGGUAAGACGGGGCAGAGCGCAGCCUUCAGCGAGAAGGAAGAUGAAAGCGCUGUGCUUCUUCGCCGUGUAGAGGUAUUCAAGGAUUGGAUCCACAGUUUGUCGCCUGAGGUACAAAUCGUGAUCAAGGCUGUGUGCAUCUCCUGGGCGCUUGCCGCAAGCUUAGGUCUGCUGGGACUGUGGUGUGGAGUGUUGACAUUCCAUUCGCCAAGUAAGUACAUCUCGUGGAAAACUCUGGCUGCCAGGGAGGAGAGUGGAGGGUUCCUCUCCAUCCCUCUCAACAUGUUCCUGACUCUGGCGAGCGUCCCAACAGCUAUCAUGCACCUUGACCCAGAGACGCGACGCUCCAUGUGCGGAAUCCUCUUCUUCUUUGCGAUCGUCUUUGCCAUCAUGUGGCAUGGGAGGUUGAUCCAACCUGUCAUGAAGGAGUUGGCUUCUUACCUCUACGUCUUCGCGCUCGUCGGCGCUGUAUGUGUCGUCAUUCUCGUUGACCUGUGGCGACGCGCACAUGCCACCUUCACCGGCACUUUCGCGGGCUUUAGAAGGAUGCAGCAGCAGUUCACAAGCGUGCAGCGGCGCCUUGGGCUGCAGGAGGAGGACGACCCGCACGAGGAAGCGCUUUACAGCGCCGCAACUGUCAGAUGA